GCAUGGUAUGAACACACUCAGUCCUUACUUCACACUGGGAUUGUUGCAGAACUGGGUAUCGGUGUGGGGGCAAAGACCUGGAAGGUUGCAGUAUGAACUACGAAGGGCCAGAGAGAUUCUCUGGGGCUGUAGAACAAAAGGCAGUACAUUAAGACUCAGAUAAAUGUUCCCAGACAUGGAAGAAAAGACACACUCCUCAAAACUAAGCAAAAACAAACAGCCUGUGAAAACAGAAUGGGGGACCCAAUAUGUGGUAUUUACUUACUUCCAAGGAGACAUUAACAGUGUGGUAGAUGAACAUUUCUCCAGAGCUUUGAGCACUGCUAAAAACCCACAGGAUCUGAGUAGGAAGAACAAGAGCGAGGACACUAUACUUAAAAAUGACAGCCACAUGACUCCCCAUCAAUGGAAUUUCUCACCUCCCUGGGCUAAACCAUACCAAACACCCCCUCCUUUAAACCUCUCCAGCUCUGACCUACAUGCUGCUGCCCCUGUGGCUACAGACCCCUUCCAGCCAUCCGUUCUACAAGGCAUUCCUCCCCCAGGUUCAGAUCUAUGGCAUUUGCCUUCAGGGAGCCAUCCCAAUUUGACUGCCACUUCAGAAUACUCUUCCUCUGUGCCUGAGCUGCAUAUGGCACAGGGAUCCAUAUCGGAUGGGAAAUACGGUUCUUUGCUCGGUCUUUUGCAACAAGACAGGUGUCCUCCAUCCAUGCAGGAGUCUACAGAUUCCAGCACGUCUUGUCUUACUGGCUCUGCAAGGUUACAAAACAUGAGCCACAGUUUAACUUCUGGGGGAGGUAUCCAGGCUAGUGACGGGAGGAGAGAUUUGUACUUUUAGAAAAUUGAUCUGUUUGGCUAUUGAUUCUUCCCAGUGGAUGUUUUAAAAAAUCUGUUAUUAAGAGAAGCUGAAGAACAUCUGUGAGUUCUCUUCCCCAUCCACCAGUUGCACAAACACAUUUGUUUGAAGCUUAUAGACAGCCAUAUUGAAAUUCUCACGUGCUUUAUCAUCUUUGUUCUGGUCACUUUCUUUGUGACUCUUGUUGCAUGCCUUAUGUAUGGGAAAACUUUCCAUCUGGAAGUACCAUUUCCUAUUUGUAUCAGAGGGGAUAAAGACCAGUCUUCCCUUCCGGUGCAGUGGUGGUGAUGACUGUAGCUGGGGAAAGGACAAAAUGGGGUCCUGAACCCUGAUGGUUGGGGACUGCACACCUGCACCUUAGGGUUGGUUGUGCCAUUGCUUAUGGUGUUCAAUGUAAAAUUUUCUAAUACCAAAUAUAUGGCUGCAGAACUGCAACUUCUGAUUUCCUGAAGAAUAUUCUCAGUUCAGCUGGUUAUGAAAUCCCUGCCCCCCAAAGGGGAUUCUGGUGCUAAAUUGUGUGUAAAAGAAAAAAACAAAUGUUGGCAAGGUAUUUGCAAGAUCUUCUUUUGAGACAAGAAGUGUAACUGGAAUGAAUUGGAAAGCACGUACACAUGACGGUAACGCCAGCUAAUUUGAGUAAGAAUUUAGAUUUUUUUUUCAAGUUCCAAAAUCACGAUUGCUGUUUUGUUUUUCCAAAAUCAAGAUUGCACAUUUCUGCUUUGCUAAGAGCUAGAAAGAAAUUAUUCAUUGGCUUUUCCGCAUCAACAUCCAUCACAAGCAGAAAAUAGCACUUCUUGGAGGCCCGCUCAGGGAAUAACAACACUCGCCUCUUUGAAACAUGGAAGUGAUACUGCACUUGCUGGCGGUGACUUAGUUCCCUGAGCUCCAUGUGUUUUUCUUUCACUAGGGAAGAUGUGACAAAAUAUUUUAUUGUAUAAAAUGAUCACCAUCUGGUGCUUCAGUUAUAUUUCUAUAGCCUCAAUUCCUUUGAAAAUGCUGUAUAGCCAGGGCUCAUUUCAAGGGGGAACACACAGGAAUGCAGUUCCAGCAGUUCCCUAAAGAGGUCACAUGUCAGGUGGCCCCGCCCACCUGACUCUCAGCCAUUUUGGGCCCAUUUCGUCCUGGAUUGGGGCUGAAACAGCCCAGAUCGGGCCUCUGACGGAUGGUGGAUCACUCUCUCACUCAGCAGCAGCCCAAUCCUGACCAUUUUGGGCCCCUUUUCAGCCAUUUUCAGCCCCUUUUGCCAUUUUGGGCCCAAUUUCAGCCCUGAAUGGCCAGGAUUGGGUCCAAAACAGCCAGGAUAUGUCAGGGGGUGUGGCAUAUGCAAAUCAGUUAUACUAAUGACACACUUCCAGUGAUGGCAGGGGGUGUGGCAUAUGCUAAUGAGUUAUGCUAAUGAGUUUCUUCAGCUCUUUUUCUACGACAUGACCCCUGUGUAUAGCCCACUCUUUUCUAGUAAUGUCAGAAUCAUUUGGUUGCUGAAUGAACUCUCCUAUCUGAGUUGGAAGAGGAUCCCAAAAUUAUGUCUGCAUUCUUCUCUCUGAGGCAGGGGAACCUUUAUUAAGAGCUGUGAUGGCCAACUGCUUUGGCAAGUGUACCCCAAAGUCAAGGCCCUUAGAGGCACACCCCAUGUCUUGAUCUAAUGUUGCAUCUAAUCUGUUCAAAUUUCAGCAGGGUGUUGGGUGAAGUGAGCAGGCUUGCAGAUCUGAUCUUACAUUGCUGACAGGCCUUGCAGGUAUCAGGUACCUGUGACAGGUACGAACCUGAGACAUAGUGAAGGUGGGAGAGCAGACGUGGAUAUAGCACAGUUCAGUCUGUUACAAAGUCAUACAAACAUGAAGAGCCAGGCCCAAAUCCUAUUUGUACUUUGUCUGUUUUAUAUUGCUCUGAUACUUGCAAUAUCACUUCUGGCCAUCCACAGUGGUGGUGCUGAAAUGCAGAAAACACAGGACAGCAAGUCCCCACUUUGACGAUCCAGCAUACAGUAAAGCACUUGGUCUUGUUGGUGUAGCUCCCUGUACAAAACCGUUGAUGCCUUACACCAGGGUUUCCAGGUGUCCCACUAAUCCUUUUGACACCAGCUACCACCUGUCGUCAAAAUAAGCAAACCUGAGCUAUUGCACAGCUCCUUCUUCCCUUUCCCUACUUGAGUUGCAUGUUUCAUGUUAUAAAUUGACUCUGUGAGGCUUUGUUAUCACCCUUAAACAUUUGUACAGUGCUUAAUAUACUUGUAACCACUUUAAUAAAUAGUGCUAUGAA